AUGACCGAUGAACAGCCCUCUGCAUCUGAUACUUUGCUCAAUCUAUCCGUGAACCCUAUUGCGAACGAACAACCUAUUUUAUCUGGGGAUUUCUCUGGUGAAAGUAUAGUGUGCUACGCGAAUAUUCAAUUCUCGGACUAUCUGAAUGAGGUUGAGUAUUUCCCUUUGUCAGUCUUUCCUGCCGGAAUGCCUAGGGUGGAGCCUAUCAGUGUGUUUGGAGAAAUGGUCUCAGAUUGCACUGUACUAUUUGACAGUGCUUAUGAAGGCAUAGAAGACGACGAUCCCUCCAGGUCUGUUGCUCAGCUUGAUUACAAUCCCAGCAACCGCCACCCGCGCAUACCUUACACGAUCAUACCUCCUGAAGAGAUGUACCAGAAACAGUUGCCUUCCCCAGUGCAAGCCCCUUGUGUAUCAACCACUGUGCAGGCCCACAUGAAGCAGGAAUAUGGCGAGCAAUCGCUGGAGUUCUCUCAAGUUCUGACCUUUGAGAGCCAAAGGCAAGCUCCUUUGUUCCAAGGCUGUGGGUUUCAAAUGCCGCCUACUACCAAUGCCGAGCCUUAUCAAGAUGACCUCUUUCGGAUUGAACAACAAACAGAGCUUCAGCGGAGUCAAGACCUUACCCACGAAAUACAGCUCCGCCAAGAGCUUCGCAUCCCGCUACCAGAAUUUGUCGUGAAAUCACCUCUUCUGGAUAGUGAAUAUGAUCAGCCCUCUACGCCUACGCGCCCCCAACGCAAGUACAUCUAUGAGACUCCUGAUCAGGGCACCCAGACUUUUCCGAGUAUCAAUCCUCCUGCGCAGACCAAGGCACACAGAGAGGACAAACAGCGCGGAAAAUCCGAUUCUUUUUCAAAAAAUGAUUCGGGUUUCGACGUUGAGAAGGCCCACAGCCAACUUACCGGAACCCUGAUGGAGAUUGCUAAAUGUGUGAAAUUGAACCCCAAUACCACUCUGUCCAGGUCCUUUUCUUCCAAGUCUAUCGAAGAGAUUGGCCCAUUCCAUCAUGCCUUGCAAGAGUCUACCAUGACAGCUCGUCGGAAAUCGGACCCAGAGAAUCUUGAUUCAGUCCGCUGGGAAAAAAGAAUGCAUGCUUCAACUAUGGACAAGCGCUCUUCACCAGAUGCGGAGCGAAGUCAAACACCAAUACAGGGACAAUAUGACUCAUCCUCAGGGCAAGAUAGUCCCACGCCAAAGAGCAAGAAGGCUCGCGUUCAACUACAUACUUCCAGCAAGAGAACUCCGACCACAGCCCGCAGCGCCAGCAAGAAGACGCCGGCUAAAAACUGCAGCACCAGAAAAAACACUCCACUUACGAACCGCACUGCCAGCAGGAAGGCUAAGCCCAAGGACUCAAGCCCUGACAGGUUUCGGUUGCACACUCCAUCGGCCAAGGCCAAGAUAAGGCAUCCGAUUCCCAACAACUGGGAAGAGGCCUCUGCGGAGGACGUCUUGUUGUUUGAGCUCAGAAGGCAAGGCGCGGGAUUUCCAACCAUCGCCGAGGUAUUGAGGACAACUCGCGGCACGCCUUACAAUCCCAGGACCCUCCGCAAUCGCCACUGGAAAAUCGAGCACAGGCUCGGUGAAUUUCCCAAUAGCCUCCAACCCAACAACAAGCAGAAAGCGGAUGGAGACACAUCUGACCUGUCUUCUCCUAAAUUCGAUACCGAAGAAUUCAAUUACUUCUAG